UCCUAGCCGCCGCCUCUCAACUAGUUUUCUGUUGGGUGGAUUUUCAAAAACCCCCAAUGCGCCAAACGCCAUAGCUCGCUCGAUAGUUGACAGAAUUGAGUGAUUUGACUUGCAAAAGAACGCUCUUGGUGUCAGCUACAACGUCGUAAAAUUUCGGACUGUUUCAUCGCUUGGAUUCUAACUGCCAUCUUUCCCCAUCUUUUGCCUCCUCACCUGCACCUGCUCAUCACCGCCUUACCACUGCUGCAGCCGUAGCAGCAGCAGCAGAAGCAGCAGCAGCACCAGAAGGAGCAGCAGACUCAGCAGCAGCAGCAGCAGCUGAAGGAGUAGCAGCAGCCGCAGCAGCAACAGCGGCAGCAGCAGCAGUGGCAGCAGCAGCAGCGGCAGCAGCAGCAACAGCAACAGCAGCAGCAGCAGAAGGAGCAGCAGCAGCAGCAGCAGCAGCAGCAGUAUCUACAGCCAUCCCCAUCCUCCCCUCCUCUUUGAGCCGCCGCGGGGAGGGGGUGGAGGUGGCGGUUGUGGGGGCAGCGGAGCCGGCGGCGGUGGUGGCGGGGUCGAGGGUGGCAGCAGUGGUGGUGGUGGAGGCAGUGGUGGCUCAUCUGGUAGCCGUGGUGGCCGCCCUGGCACUCUUCCCCCAUGUUCCUAUCUUCGCCGUUUUGGUCCCAGGGCGGCUCUCCUCCUCCUCCUCCUCUGUCGCUGACCCCAUAACUCCCCAGGAGCUGCAGCAGUUUCGCCGCUUCCAGCAACUGCAGCUGCUGCAGCAGCAGCAGCAGUGGGGCUCUGGUGGUGACAUUUACGACCCAGCUGUCCCUGACUCCCCUGCUCACUCUGCCUCAUCGCAUCAGCACCAGCAGCAGCAGCAGCAGCAGCAGCAGAAGGAGCAGCAGCAGCAGCAGCAACAGCAGCAGCAGCAGGUGCAGCAGCAGCAGAGGAUGGAGCAGCAGCAGCAGCAGCAGCAGCAGCAGCAGCAGCAGCAGCAGCAGCAGCAGGAGGUGCAGCAGCGGAUGGAGCAGCAGCAGCAGCAGCAGCAGCAACCGCAGGCAGUGCAGCAACAGCAGCCGCAGCAGGAGGUGCAGCAGCAGCACCAGCAGCAGCCACAGCAGCAGCAGCAGCAGCAGCAGCAGCAGCCACUGCAGCAACCUCAUCGGCAUCGCCGCACCACCUCUCCGACCUGGGUGAGCUCAAGCACUAUCUGGGCAUGACCAUCACCCGGGACCGCACAUCGCGCACCAUUACCCUCUCUCAGUCCUUCUACAUCGACCAAGUCUUGCAGCGGUUCGACAUGGCGCAGGCGAAGCCGGUUACCACUCCCCUGCAGACCGACCACCAGCUUGCCCCU